GAUGACUUAGAUGACAGCGAUUUGUCUAGUGAUGAUGAUGACGACGACAAAAAUGGUUAUGGUGACAAUGGACUUGCUGUCUUUGGACAGGGGCGAAGAAUACGACAAGCACUAACUGAAUUUCUCGCAGCGUAAAGACUUGCAUUAAGUGUGAACUUGUUUUUUGACGCAAACGCCUGUUUUCAGACUUUUGGUUUUGUUGGAUUGCUACCGGUAGUCAUGGGCGAUUUGGCCUUGAAAGGUCUAUGUAUGUACAUAGAUUGCUCGAGCAUAAAGGGUAUUACUUUUUCCACAAUUUAAACAUAAUGCAUCACUAGAACUUGUUUUCCUGUACUGGUCGCAGAUGGGUAUUUAGGUUUCGUUUUUGCCAGGGUUGCAAACCCUCAGCAACACCCCUCCGCCAUAAUUUGAAUCAAGAGCCUCCCUCUCUGCGGGUCAUAUACCAGUCUUGCAUCCUGUUCAGCGUGAACGGUAAAUAAGUCACGUUCUUUUAUACAAAAAAUGUUGAAAAAUUAUGAUUUUAUUGUAAUCGUGAAAAGAGGUAUUAGCUAAUUAGAAUUUUGAAAAAUGAAAAAAGCAUGCAAGAUGAAACCAAAGAGAUCACUGAUGUCUAUUAUUUUACGAUGAACAGUAUAUUUCAUCGUAUCUGAAAAUAAAGUUUGUCAAACUGGAACACAACUCUAAUGUUUGUACGACUGUACGAUACUAGUUCUAAAAGAGUGCAUCUCAAUAGUUUACGUUUUCAGAAUUUCGCCUAGCUCUCGGAUAGCACCCAGAACUAACUCUUGGAUGCAGUUGUCUGACUCUCGCAGGUAGUCAAAAAGUUCUCUCCUUUCUUCUUUUGUCUUCUUUAAGGCCUCCGUUUGCGCUUUGAUUGGCUCAGCAUACAUUUCACCCUCUUCAUCUUCUUUCUUGGCCCGUUUUUGCGCUUUCUGCUUUGUGUUCUUUGGUGAUUUGCCCUUUUUUUGGAAUCUGGUUGUUUUUGCUUCUUUUUGAAAAACAAACUGGAUGAAUAUUCUAAAUCCUCAUCUUUUUUGCUGUCAUCAUCAUUUGAAGGCUGACUUCGGUUUCGUUUCUGUUGUCUACGUCCCUUUUCUGUUUUUUCACUCCAGUAGGUUUGGCAGUUGCAGAAGACAAGGAUAGGGUUUCAUCCAUGUCAUCACUGCUAUCCUCGAGGGGGCCAAACGAAGUACCAUCUCCACUACCUGAGGAAGACAUGGAGGAAUUUGGACUUGGUGUGGCGAUGGCUGACUUAGACGUUCCUGCCUCCAUUACAUACUUAGGAUUCACAGAAUCUCUUGUUCCCCAAAUCUGA